UCUGUGAGACCAUAAAACAAAAUAUCGAUUAAACCCACCCCUGAGGUAUUUUAGAGCACCCCUGCAGUAAAUUUGAUCCUCGCAUAUUAAACAUAAAGUCCAGCAGAAACAAAUAAGAACUGGUCGUGUAAUAAAGAAAGUCUAAAGCUCCCCGAAUCGCAGACAAUAAGAAGUAAAGUUUUAUUAAGCCAUUCAGAGUCCAUUAAAAGUGUUUACUAGUCGACUAAGCCAGAUUAAGUGGUACAGGACAUUUAACGUGGAAGUCGGGAAGGAGAUAAGAGUUAUUAGCCCGAAUUCGAGUGUAGGCAGACAUGUUCUUCAAGAUAUUUAAGCUGCAUCUGAAGCUGCUACUCAGCGUGCUCUUCUUCUUAGGGAAAGAAUCCUCCACGCUCAAGGCGAUGAAGAUCCGGGUGCCGGAAGUGGCCCAAUCGGGCGACACCGUGACCCUGUCUUGCGAAUACGACCUGGAACAAGUGGCGCUCUAUUCCAUCAAAUGGUAUUGGAACGAGGAGGAAUUCUACAGAUUCGUACCCAAGGAGUCGCCGCCGUUCAGGGCGUUCUCGAUGAAGCACGUCAACGUCGACAUAUCCCGCUCAGGACCAACUGAAGUGACCCUGCGCGGGGUCAGCAGAGAACUAACAGGAGACUAUAAGUGCGAGGUAUCAGCAGAUGGCCCACUCUUCCACACUGACAUCAAAGUAGCUCAUAUGAUAGUUGCAGACCUGCCUAACGGUAAUCCAGUGAUGAAUAUCGAGCCCACCAAAGUCGAGAUCGGAAAGAAGAUAACGGCCCACUGCUACUCCCCAGGAUCGGAUCCCCCCGCCAACUUAACCUGGUUCAUUAACGACGACGAGGUUUUUGAGAACAAUGAAAGCAUCAAAAUAUAUCCCAUAGAAAUCGACGUGGAUCAUGCUUUAAACCUGAGAUCUUCAAAAUCCAAGAUAGAAAUAACGACCAAUAAAUCGCACUUCAUUCUUGGCAUCAUGACCAUCAGAUGUGAAGCUUCCAUCUACUCCAUAUGGAAAGAAUCUGUGGAAAAGGUUGUGAGGGAUGACACACCGCAGCUCGCACCUGUUCUUGGAUCCACUUCUUCUCAGAGUCACACUGAUCAAGUCAUAGAAAUUAUCAGCAGUAGCAGCGGCUGGACCCUGAGUCGGUCUAUGUGGAACGUCCUCAAUGUACAAUUCUUUUUAAUGUUAUUUCUGAGGUAAUGUUAAAUAUUGGGUAACUAGAAAUUAUUCAGCGUGCCUCAUCAGUGAUGUUUGUAAACGUAAAGGGUAUUAUUCUGAAAUUGUUCACUGAGUACACAACCCCAGGUUAAUUUAUUGAUAACGUAUGUACAUAUUGUCUGUUGGUGGAUGUGUUGUCUUAAUGGAAAAAUAUUUAACUGGUCUGGAGUUGAGUGUCCAAGAGGGACACCUGUCGUAGACAGUUGAGUGCAUUUUUCUACAUUAUUUUCACUGUGACUCAGCUCAUAUAUGUUUUUGCCAUCUGUUAUGUACAAAGUACCACAAUCAAAAUGAGGAUCAUUACGAUAACACAUUUUUCUCGUUAGUAAGAUAAGUUUUAAUGGCAAUAAGUGGAAAUUGUAUAAAUCCAGUCCCUUAUAUAUAGUAUUCUCUGAAAUUAUAAUAUCUAUUUAAUAGACUACCUAUUCCUACAUACCAUAGUGUUAAUUUAUAUUCUAGUAUGUAAAAAUGUGAUAAAAAAACUAGAACUAAGGUUUUAGUAAAGUAGAUAAUUAUUUUAAAAUUUGUAGUACGCAAAAUUUAUAACCAAUGUAAAUGUUUAUAAAAGUUUAUUAUAAUCUAUCCCAAUUUUUGCGUACAUACGGUGUAUUAUAUGGUGUAAUAUACAUGUUGAGACGAUUUUCUCUUUAACUAACCAGAUAAGCUUUUUGAUUGUUGGAUAAUUUGCGCAUUACAUUGUUUUUUACAUAUACUGUAUUUAUUGUAGGUCGUUAA